AUGUCUUUUGCUCUAAGAUCGAUAAGCCUGCCAUCUAGGCAUCACACCAGAGAGGCGGAAGUACAAGAAGAUCUGGACAGCCUAGAGACAAGCAUCUCAUCAUCCAUUACCAUCAAGACGAUGUGUGAUGGUUUGAGGAGGCUUGGUGACAUCUACUGUGAUGUUGAGGAGAUCAUCCAGUUGCCAAGCAACCAGGUUUGCUCCUCACAGCACAGGAAGAUGCUGGAUGGAGAGAUGGAAUGUUCUCUCCAGCUGCUGGAUCUCUGCAACACCAUGCAACAGAUCUUCGUCGAGCUGAAGGCCAUCAUCCAAGAACUGCAAUUGGCUCUAAGAAAAGGAGAAGACGCAACUAUCCAAGCCAGGAUCCUGUCUUAUAUCCAAUUGCUGAAGAAGGCUGGAAAACAUUUCAAGAAAACUACCACAAAGAAGACGUCUGACAAGAUGGACUGCGGGAUGGUCAGUCUACUGACCAAGGCCAGUGAGAUGGCUCUCUCUCUACAUGAGUCCACAGUGCACCUCUUGUCAAAAAAAAUCGAAGCACCUAAACAGUCCCUUAUUUCCAAGGCAUUUCACAAGAAGAAAGUUGUUGUUUGCGAGGAGCAAUUGCAGGACUUAGAGUGCAGUAUGGGAGAUCUUGAGAGUGGAGCAGGACAUCUGUUCCGGAGAUUGAUUCAGAGCAGAGUUUCUCUCCUAAACAUUCUUAGCUCAUAG